CGAUGUGACACUGGUGUACAUCCAGUGGCUGAUAUCUUGAACCUUUCCGAAUUCCACCACUUCCCAACCUCCUGUUCGCAUCAACGAUGUCAGAUACAGCUAAUCCUGCGACAAAGAUGGAUAUCGACGAGGCUGAGAUCGACGAGGGUCUCUACUCUCGUCAACUAUGAAGAAGAUGGCAGCGUCCAACGUACUGAUUGUUGGCCUCAACGGGUUAGGCGCUGAGAUAGCAAAAAAUGUUUGCUUAGCAGGUGUUAAGUCUGUCACGCUAUAUGACCCUGAGCCAGUGACUUUGCAAGACUUGAGUUCGCAGUACCUCCUUCGAGAGGAGGAUAUCGGAAAGCCGCGCGCAGCAGCUACGCUACCCCGCCUAUCGGAACUCAAUGCAUACGUUCCUGUGCGUAAUCUCGGCGGCCGAAGUGGUCAAGAAAUAUCUGUGGACAUGAUUCGACCAUUCCAAGUAGUCGUACUCUGCAAUGCUUCGUAUGAGAAGCAACUCGAGAUCAACGACUGGACUCAUCCAAACGGCGUACACUUUAUCUCGGCUGAAGCUCGAGAUCCUGUCUUUAAUGACUUUGGUCCCAAAUUUACGUGUGUGGAUACCACUGGCGAGCAAGCGUUGACGGGUAUGAUCGUCUCUGUCGAUAAAGACAAGGAAGGGCUUGUGACUUGUCUCGAUGAGGCACGGCACGGUCUAGAGGAUGGUGACUUCGUGACAUUCACCGAAGUGCAAGGCAUGGAAGAAUUGAAUGGAUGCAAACCGCGGAAGAUCUCAGUGAAGGGCCCUUAUACAUUUACGAUCGGGGAUACCUCUGGUUUCGGUGACUACACUCGAGGCGGUAUAUUCCACCAGGUCAAGAUGCCUAAAAUCAUCGAAUUCAAAUCAUUACGGGAAUCAUUGAAGUCGCCUGAGUUUUUCAUCACUGAUUUUGCUAAAUUCGAUCACCCCGCUACCCUCCACGCUGGCUUCCAGGCACUCUCGCAAUUUAGGAAACAACAUCAGCGUCUUCCUCGUGCACGGAAUGCGGAAGACGCAGCGGCUCUCGUUUCGCUGGCUAAGAAGAUAGAUGCGGAUGCUGACGAAAAGGUACUCACAGAAUUAGCGUAUCAAGCUACAGGAGACCUUUCCCCUAUUACUGCCGUCAUUGGUGGCUUCGUGGCCCAGGAGGUUCUGAAAGCUUGUUCAGCCAAGUUCCAUCCGAUGGUUCAGCAUAUGUACUUCGAUUCACUGGAAUCACUUCCCUCGACGCUUCCGACGGAGGAGGACUGCAAGCCAAUCGGAAGUCGACAUGAUGGCCAAAUUGCAGUUUUUGGGAAGCAAUUCCAAGAGAAGAUUGCCAGCCAUCGGCAGUUCCUUGUAGGCGCUGGGGCUAUUGGAUGUGAGAUGCUCAAGAAUUGGAGUAUGAUGGGUCUUGCCACUGGACCUGAUGCCAAGAUCCAAGUCACUGAUCUUGACACCAUCGAAAAGAGUAAUUUGAACAGGCAAUUCCUUUUCCGCCCGAAGGACCUUGGCAAGUUCAAGUCAGAAGUGGCUGGAGCCGCAGUUUCGGAGAUGAAUCCCGCACUUAAAGGCCACAUCAUCUGCAAGCAAGAACCAGUUGGACAGUCGACAGAAAACGUUUUCAACGAUGACUUCUUUGCUGCACUUGAUGGUGUGACCAAUGCUUUGGACAACGUUGCCGCACGCCAAUAUAUGGACCAGCGUUGUAUUUUGUACGAGAAACCUCUACUGGAAUCCGGGACCAUGGGCACAAAAGGGAACGUUCAAGUUGUCAUACCUCAUCUCACGGAGUCGUAUUCGUCCUCACAGGAUCCCCCAGAGAAGCAGACGCUUUCUUGUACUGUCAAAAACUUCCCCAACGCUAUUACGCAUACCAUCGAGUGGGCUAGACAAGAGUUCGACGCAAUGUUCGUGAAGCCUAUAGAAUCUGUCAACCAAUACCUCUCAGAGCCUAACUACCUGGAGAACUCUCUCAAGUAUUCUGGUCAGCAACGUGAACUCGUGGAGCAAAUCGUGUCGUAUCUUGUUACCAGCAGGCCCCUGACCUUCGAAGAGUGUAUUGUCUGGGCUCGCCUUCAGUUCGAGGAGAAGUUCAACAACGCCAUUCGACAACUUCUCCAUAGUUUGCCAAAGGAUCACCUAACAACCACAGGGCAACCAUUCUGGAGUGGCCCUAAGCGCGCACCAGAUCCAUUGGCUUUCAACUCGUCAGAUCCCACUCAUUUGGGUUUCAUCAUUGCUGCGGCCAACCUUCACGCCUAUAACUAUGGCCUCCGAGGCGAAACCGAUCCAAACGCUUUCAAGAAGGUGGCAGAUUCUGUUAUUGUACCCGAGUUCACACCCAGAAGUGGCGUGAAAAUACAAAUCACUGAGAAUGACCCUGUCGAUCAAGCCGCGUCUGACUCGAACGACUCGAACGACCUUGUUAAAAAAUUACCACCUCCGUCUUCUCUUGCUGGUUUCCGCCUUACGCCAGUUGAAUUUGAGAAAGACGAUGAUACGAACCACCACAUAGACUUUAUCACAGCAGCAUCAAACUUGCGUGCUUUGAACUACAAAAUUCCUGUUGCCGAUCGUCACUCGACGAAACAGAUUGCGGGCAAGAUUAUUCCUGCCAUAGCCACCACCACCACUCUGGUUGUGGGCUUGGUUUGCCUGGAACUCUACAAAAUAAUCGAUGGCAAGAGGAAACUCGAGGAGUACAAGAACGGCUUUGUCAACUUGGCUCUCCCGUUCUUCGGAUUUUCUGAGCCGAUUGCAGCGGCCAAGAACAAGUUCGGUAAUACUGAGUGGACGCUGUGGGAUCGUAUCGAGUUCAACAACGAUCCCACCCUUAAGGAGUUCAUCCAGUGGUUCAGGUCUACCCAUGAGCUUGAUGUUACUAUGGUCAGCCAAGGCGUCAGUAUGUUGUGGAGUUCAUUCACGGACAAGAAGAAGAGUGCGGAGAGACUGCCUAUGAAGUUCAGUAAGCUGGUCGAACAUGUCAGCAAGAGGCCAAUUCCUCCUCACACGAAACAUCUUCUUGUGGAAGUUAUGUUGAUGGACGAAGAAGGGGAGGAUGUCGAGGUAUGUCGCAGCCUGCGUAGAAGGAGGCCGUUCCUUUCAUCUUGGUUCGCAUUUGAAACCGAAGAAUGUAUCGAGAGAAGCACGAGGACGCUAAUCCUGUAUAGUACCGGAGAAUAGAACAAGUGUAGCCAUUUGUUUACUAUCGUCUCAAACAUGAGAAAUCACAA